CUCUCCCAACAGCUGUUGGAAGUCCUUGGGGCUGACACAGCCUCGGCUGCGCAGGAUCUGGGAGCAGAAAGGCCAGUGAGCGCGACGGUGUGACCUUGGGACGUUUAAGUGACUUAAACGUCUCUGAGCCUCAGUUUCUCCUUGAAAUGGAGAUGAUCCGACCUCACAGGAUCAUUGUAAGGAUGGAAUGCGAUAAGCACGUUGAGCACAGAGCAGGGUUCCCAGCUGCUCUUGGUAAUAACACGGACAGAGUACUCUGAGCCAGGCCCUGCCCUGAGCAUUUUGCAUGUACGUUCAUUCAUUCAUUCCUCACGACAGUCUCACUAAAGAUACCACUAUCCCCAUUUAAGGUUGAAAACAAUGAGGUACCUAAAGGUUACGUCAUUCUUGUUGUCAGAUCUGAGCGCACUAAAGGCAAAGCAAACGACCCUUCCGCCACCCCUCCCCGCCCAUUUCCCCGCAGAGCCAAUAGAGGCCACUCACGGGGCCGUAGUCCUGGCGCAGCUGCUGCUCGCUCCGGAAGCGCACGUGCAGGCCGUAGCGCGCCACGUACAAGUUCUCGGAGCAGAAGCAGGCGCAGCGGCAGAAGCGCCGCGGAGCCGCCGCGGUCCCCAUGGUGAGGUGCCGCGCGCGGACCCGCCGGCUUCCGUUGGGGCACUUCCGGAUACGCCCCCAGCCGAGGCAGUCUGGAACCAGGGGCCAAGGGUCCGUUCUAAAUUCCCAAGUGCGGAAAAGAACGAAGACUCCGCCCCAGAAAACGGCCUGCGGUGCUGGAAGAUGCUCCCGGCCGGGUUGGGGCUGGCAGCCUCCGCUGGGAGCACGCGACCUUCUCGUUCCGCUUCAGAGUUUCUGCAUCCACGAGGCGGGAAUUAAUCGUCGACUUUACAGAUAGGUGAACUGAGUCACACCUUCACAGGACGUGGAGAAGUAGGGACUCGGAAUCUCAAGACCUUCUGCUUAAAUGCUGGCUCCCUUUUCUGCUCGGAGGUUUUGAAGAACCAGCGAACGCCACGAGGACGGAGCUCUAGGGUCUGACCUCAUUCCCUCCAACUGCUCUCCAGUUUUGUGCGUCUGAGCUUGGGUUUAGCAUUUAUCCGGGGUCCUUGCCCGGCGCUCCCGUUGCCAACGCCACAGUCUCAGGGUUCGCCGCGGAUCGCCCCAGUGAGUGUACCCACGAAAACGCUCAGUCCGGUGAGACUUCCGGUGGUGCUUCCGACGGAUUCAGAGCGUGCCCUCCAUCCUCGGGGAGACCCAUCACAGCACACGCAAGCCAUACCUUGGGAACCCCGUCAUGGUCCGCCAUGCAUCCCCAAGACCCCGGUCUGCAAAGCCCCGAGAAGAAGCUUGGGUGUCAAUCCUAUUGAGCUGGCAGAACUAAGGCGUGCAGCUGGGGAGGAAAUCUUGACCCCUGGAAAUGACCCCUGUCCCCUGCCUUAGUUACCUCCAUGGCUCAGCGUGAUGCAGGGAUGGGGGGUGGGGAGGAAGACUCUGGGGCUUUAAGACUCUGGCCCUUACCCUAGAUCAACAGGUGACUGCAGAUGACAGCUGUUGACCGAGGCUCCUCUCUACUGGACCUGAGCUAACACAUCUACCACCCACCUUAUCUCCUUUCAUCCUUACAGCAAACCUUUGAGCUAGGUACUGUUAUAUCACCGUGUUACAGACGGGGGAACCUGAGGCCCAGAGAGGUGCAGUGACUUGCCCCCUGUCACUCUCCAGUAAGGGACACGUAUGGGGUUUGAACCCAACAGUCUGCUCUCUGAGUUCCCUGUUCACCACAAUAGGAAUACUCUGAGUGGUGGGAUUUUGAGGGAUGUUGACUUUUCUCUUUGGGCUUGUUGGCAUUUCCUUUCUUCCUUCCUCCCUCCCUCCCUUCCUCUCUCUGUCUCUUUCUUUCUUCUUCAUAUAUAAAUAUAUAUGUAUAUAUAUAUAUAUUUUUUUGGUCUCACCGUGUGGCUUGCGGGAUCUUAGUUCCCCAACCAGGGAUCAAGCCCAUGCCCCCUGCAGUGGAAGCACUGAGACCUAACCACUGGACCACCAGGGAAUUCCCUUGUUGGCAUUUUCUUGAUAACUCUGCUUUCCUUUCCCCAUGUGUAGACACAGGUUCACGCUCACACACUCACAUCCACAGUCACACACACACUCAAACACAGCCUUACAUGCUCACACAUGCUAACACACAUUCACACACAAUCACACAUGCACUCACACCCUCACACAUACCAUGAACACACACCCUCGCUUGAACACACACAACAUUCCACAUACAGUCACAGUCGCACACUCCUAUUCAUACACCCAAUAUCUCACACACAUGCACACCCUCACAAAAGUACUCACCCACACUCACAUCCCACACACAGUCACACAUAUACACACACACACACAGGCAACAGCCCCUGUUCCUGUCUUCUUCAGGGCUCCGUGGCCCACCCCUUGCUCCUGCUGAAGCCCCAGGACCCCAGAAGGAAGAUGGGAAACCUCCAGGCCCUGUGAUGCGGUGCCAGGCCGUCCUCCCAGCUGUCUCAAUCAGCACAUUCGGGGGACCAAGGCUCGAGCCAGCAAAGUCUCCCGUCCAGCACCUUGAGGGGCCAGAAGAGGGCCCCUGCUCUCUGGACAGAGCCUGCACAACAGCCUGAUUGCUUUUCACACUGGCUGGGCAGGGGCAGCGAGACCCUCCUGUCUGGGAGUGUGGAAGGAGUGCGUGUGAGUGUGUGGAAGUGUGUUUUGAGUGACAGACAAGAUCCCUGCCUUCUGAAGCUUUCAGUCGAGUGGGGGAGGCAGGAACAAGCAAGGAGACCAGUAUGAGAUCAGGUUAUCCUCGUUCAGUUGUAAGGGCUGGGAAGGCACUAGGCUGAUGAGAUGGUGAGUGCCCGGAGGCGGCUGCUUCGGACACGGUGGCCAGGGAAGGCCUCCUGAAGAGUGACAUUUCAGCUGAGCUCUAACUGUUGCAGCAAGAUCUGCAGGAAAGGGUUCUAGACAGGGAGACUGAAGGGGCAAAGGCCCUGCAGUGGACUGAGCUUGGCAUGCUUGGAGAACAGCAAAAAGCAUACAAGAGGGCAAGUCAUAGGGAAGGAGGCCAGGUGGUAUUGAGACCAAAUCAUUGGGCUAAGUAGGCCACUGGGAACAUUUUGGAUUUUACUCUGUUUGCAAAGGGAAGCUGUUUAGUCCUCACAACAAACCCUAUGCGGUAGGAACUAUCCCCAUUUUACAGAUGUGGAAAACAAGGUUCAGAUGGCUUGAAUGACCCACCAAGGUCACACAGUUCAUACAUGGUGGAGUCUGGAAUGGAACCCAAGUCUGACUCUGCUGGGUUGUUCCUAAAGGCGCAGCCAGGUCUCUCAGUGCCCCCUCCCCUCCUGAGGUGUGAAAUCCAGGUCACUGGGCCGCGGAGAUCCAGGGGCCUAGCCCAAGCCUCCUGAAGCUACCAGGCUUCCCCAGGGAGGAGAACGACGGUUGAGGACCUGCUUCCCCCCUCAAGGACCCAGCUCCCCAGCCCAGAGCUGUGUGGCCUGAGAAGCAAUCAAAGAGAGUUCCUGCUUCUCCACAUCUUCGUCAGCAUUUGGUGUUGUCAGUGUUUUGGAUUUUGGCCAUUCUAUUAGGUCUGGCCUCGCCCCACAGACAAUGGCCUUGCCCCCAUGAGCUAGAGCCUGCCCCUCGGUGCCUGCCCACCACCCGCCAGCAGGAUGCAGCUGUGGAAGGCAGUGGUAGUGACCCUGGCCUUCAUGAGCUUGGACGUCGGCAUGACCACAGCCAUCUACGUCCUCAGCCACCUGGACCGCAGCCUCCUGGAGGACAUCCGGCACUUCAACAUCUUUGACUCGGUGCUGGACCUCUGGGCGGCCUGCCUGUACCGCAGCUGCCUGCUGCUGGGGGCCACCAUCGGCGUGGCCAAGAACAGCACCCUGGGGCCCCGGCGGCUGCGGGCCUCCUGGACGGUCAUCGCCCUUGUGUGCCUCUUCGCGGGCAUCUACACCAUGGUGAAGCUGCUGCUCUUCUCCGAGCCGGACGCCAAGGCCCUCGAGCGGGGGGCAGGGGCCGAGGCCGAGGGCCCCCCUGGGGAGGACCGGCCCGCGCCCGAGCAGGCCUCCGGGGCCACGCUGCAGAAGCUGCUGUCCUACACCAAGCCCGACAUCGCCUUCCUCGUGGCCGCCUCCUUCUUCCUCAUCAUGGCAGCACUGGGAGAGACCUUCCUCCCUUACUACACGGGCCGGGCCAUUGAUGGCAUCGUCAUUCAGAAGAGCAUGGAGCAGUUCAGCACGGCCGUCACCGUCAUGUGUGCGCUGGCCAUCGGCAGCUCAUUUGCCGCAGGUGUUCGGGGCGGCAUUUUUACCCUCAUAUUUGCCAGACUGAACAUUCGCCUUCGGAACCGUCUCUUCCGCUCGCUGGUAUCUCAGGAGACGAGCUUCUUUGACGAGAAUCGCACAGGGGACCUCAUCUCCCGCCUCACCUCGGACACCACCAUGGUCAGCGACCUGGUCUCCCAGAAUAUCAACAUCUUCCUGCGGAACACCGUCAAGGUCACGGGCGUGGUGGUCUUCAUGUUCAGCCUCUCCUGGCAGCUCUCCUUGGUCACCUUCAUGGGCUUCCCCAUCAUCAUGAUGGUGUCUGACAUCUACGGCAAGUACUACAAGAGGCUCUCCAAAGAGGUCCAGAAUGCCCUGGCCAGAGCCAGCAGCACGGCUGAGGAGACCAUCAGCGCCAUGAAGACAGUCCGGAGCUUUGCCAAUGAGGAGGAAGAGGCGGAGGUGUACUCACGGAAGCUGCAGCAGGUCUACAAGCUGAACAGGAAGGAGGCUGCGGCCUACAUGUACUACGUCUGGGGCAGCGGGCUCACUCUGCUGGUGGUCCAGGUCAGUAUCCUCUACUACGGGGGCCACCUCGUCAUCUCAGGGCAGAUGACCAGCGGCAAUCUCAUCUCCUUCAUUAUCUACGAGUUUGUCCUGGGAGAUUGUAUGGAGUCCGUGGGCUCCGUCUACAGCGGCCUGAUGCAAGGAGUGGGCGCCGCGGAGAAGGUGUUCGAGUUCAUUGACCGGCAGCCAACCAUGGUGCAUGAUGGGAACUUGGCCCCUGACCACCUGGAGGGCCGGGUGGACUUCGAGAACGUGACCUUCACCUACCGCACUCGGCCCCACACCCAAGUCUUGCAGAAUGUCUCCUUCAGCCUGUCCCCAGGAAAGGUGACAGCGCUCGUGGGGCCGUCGGGCAGUGGCAAGAGCUCCUGCGUCAACAUCCUGGAGAACUUCUACCCCCUGGAAGGGGGUCGCGUGCUGCUGGAUGGGAAGCCCAUCAGCGCCUAUGACCACAAGUACUUGCACCGAGUGAUCUCCCUGGUGAGCCAGGAGCCAGUGCUGUUCGCGCGCUCCAUCACAGACAACAUCUCCUACGGCCUGCCCGCCGUGCCCUUCGAGGUGGUGGUGGAGGCCGCACAGAAGGCAAAUGCCCAUGGCUUCAUCAUGGAACUCCAGGAUGGCUACAAUACAGAGACGGGGGAGAAGGGUGCCCAGCUGUCGGGCGGCCAGAAGCAGCGGGUGGCCAUGGCCCGGGCUCUGGUGCGGAACCCACCCGUGCUCAUCCUGGACGAAGCCACCAGCGCCCUGGAUGCAGAGAGCGAGUUCCUGAUCCAGCAGGCCAUCCACGGCAACCUGCAGAAGCACACGGUGCUCAUCAUCGCACACCGGCUGAGCACGGUGGAGCGGGCGCACCUCAUCGUGGUGCUGGACAAGGGCCGCGUGGUGCAGCAGGGCACACACCAGCAGCUGCUGGCCCAGGGCGGCCUCUACGCCAGGCUGGUGCAGCGGCAGAUGCUGGGGCUCGAGCCCGCCUCGGACUGCACAGCCGGCCACAGGGAGCCGCCGGGCAACGGCGGUCACAAGGCCUGACCGUGGGCCCUGCCUCUCCUGGUGGGGCAGAGGCUCCAGUGCCCACCUGGCAGAUGUGCCCACAGGGGCCCCCCGGCUGCCCCCGCUGCCCUCCGAGCCCAGGUCCACGGCACUGGAGGGCCAGCUGCCCUGUCCCACGUGUCCCCGCUUCCUGCGUCUCACCCCCGGUUCCCACCCUGUUCCCCGGGCCACCACCAGCCCCCUGCUGCCAUGAACGACCCCCUCCAGUCUGGGCAGUGGAGACACCACUGGUCUCUCCAGCUGGUCUCCCAAGGUUUCUAAGUGAAGGUAGAGCUACCUUUUUAAACCAAGAUCUUAACCAGGUUUUUUACUGCUUGGUUCUGAUGGGCCCCAAUCUCCUAGAUUUCAAAAACAUUUUUCUAAUUGGGAGCAAUGACGGGCAAGUUCUAGAGACUUCUGAGCCGGGAGUGAAUGACCCUUCCUAGGAGCCUGGGGGAUGUCAGGGAGAACUAGGCCUCUACCCUCUGCCCCUGGAGAGAAGGGGCUUCCCUGUCCCGGGGUGCGGGGGAGGGAACACGGGGAGGGGACUUCCUGUCUCUCCCUCUUCCCAGCUCUGUGAGUCAGGCCAAGGGUGGGUGGGGAGUGGAAGGCACCUGCCUGCCCUCACCCCUUCCGCCCUCCCAAAUCUAAGCCAGUCUCACUGUGAACCACUACGGACCUUAAGUGGGAGAGUGAGGGGCUGGCCAGGCCUGGCGGAGCCUCAGGGUGUCCCUGGCCCAGUGCCCAGCGCUAGCCCCUCCCCCUGCCCCUCCCAUGGCUGGCGGCCCCUUCCCCCAUCCACCCUGCCGCUCUGCUCUUCUGAGGCCCUUUGGACGUUUGGGAGUCGCGUUCUCUUCCCUGUCCAGUGGACGGGACACUGGCAAAGCCCAGGUCUGGCUUUGUAGCGGGGUUGCAAGAUGUUGGGAGAACCCGGUUAAUAAAGUAUACUACCUCUGA